AUGUAUCAAUUAAUCAAUUCUAUUUUUAUUAAACUUUUCGAAUUAUUUUUAAAAUAUUUUGUCGAUUUUAUUAAAAUAAAUCAACGUUUAAUUGAAAACACUCAACAAUGUCUUUUAGUUCCAUUCUAUAAUCAUUUUACAACGGUUGUUACAAACACAAGACAACAUUUAUCAGAUAUAUCAAAUGAUCAUUUAGGAGAAAUUCUAUCUUUUUAUGAUAUUUUUAUUAAAAAGUUAAAUGAACUUAAUUCUGUAAAAACGUUCACUGAUUACAAAUAUCCUCUUAAUGGAGGAACAUGUUGGAAUUGUAAAAGAAUAGGCUAUUCUCAUUCCUGUUGUGUAGCUUGUAAACAGAAGUUAGAACAGUGUGAUUGUAAGUUCAUUUGUGGGCUCACAUAUCCAACACAGUAUGAUAAAUAUGGACGUCCAUGUCAAUUUGCAAAAUGUAGGUACUUUACAAAUGAUUUGAAUAAGGUUAUUCAUCAAUGUAAAGGCAAG